CGCUGACUGGGGGCCGGCCCCUCCCCUGGGGCGGGCUGUGCCGCACAGCGCGGCGCGAUGACGGAGCGGCGCCAUGACGUAGCGGGGCGCGCGCGGCGGCCAUGGCGAAAACCGUGGCCUACUUCUACGACCCCGAUGUCGGCAACUUCCACUACGGAGCCGGGCACCCCAUGAAGCCGCACCGCCUGGCGCUCACCCACAGCCUGGUGCUGCACUACGGCCUCUACAAGAAGAUGAUCGUUUUCAAGCCGUACCAGGCAUCCCAGCACGACAUGUGCCGGUUCCACUCCGAGGACUACAUAGACUUCCUGCAGAGAGUGAGUCCCAACAACAUGCAGGGGUUCACCAAGAGCCUCAACGCCUUCAACGUGGGUGAUGACUGCCCAGUGUUUCCAGGUCUCUUUGAAUUUUGCUCUCGCUAUACUGGAGCCUCCCUGCAGGGAGCAACGCAGCUGAACAACAAGAUCUGUGAUAUUGCGAUAAACUGGGCAGGGGGCCUGCAUCAUGCCAAAAAGUUUGAGGCUUCUGGGUUUUGUUACGUCAAUGACAUAGUUAUUGGCAUCCUGGAGCUGCUCAAAUACCACCCGCGUGUUCUGUAUAUUGAUAUUGACAUCCAUCACGGAGAUGGUGUGCAGGAGGCCUUCUACUUGACGGACCGUGUCAUGACUGUGUCGUUCCAUAAAUACGGGAACUACUUCUUCCCUGGCACAGGGGACAUGUAUGAAGUUGGUGCAGAGAGCGGCCGUUAUUACUGUCUCAACGUGCCGCUACGAGAUGGCAUCGAUGACCAAAGUUAUAAACACCUCUUCCAGCCAGUCAUUAACCAGGUGGUAGAUUACUAUCAGCCCACCUGCAUAGUGCUGCAGUGUGGUGCUGAUUCUCUGGGUUGCGACCGUUUGGGUUGUUUUAACCUCAGUAUAAGAGGGCAUGGGGAAUGUGUGGAGUAUGUGAAGAGCUUCAACAUCCCCUUACUGGUACUGGGAGGAGGCGGUUACACAGUCCGCAAUGUGGCACGGUGCUGGACUUAUGAAACAUCGUUGCUUGUAGAUGAAGCAAUUAGUGAAGAGCUCCCGUACAGUGAGUACUUCGAAUACUUCGCUCCAGACUUCACCCUUCACCCUGAUGUCAGUACGAGGAUUGAAAAUCAGAACUCGAGGCAGUACUUGGAUCAGAUCAGGCAGACGAUAUUUGAGAAUCUGAAGAUGUUGAACCAUGCUCCCAGCGUGCAGAUCCACGAUGUCCCUUCUGACUUGCUCAGCUACGAUCGCACAGAUGAGCCUGAUCCAGAGGAAAGAGGCUCUGAGGAAAACUACAGCAGGCCUGAAGCUGCCAACGAGUUUUAUGAUGGUGACCACUGAUAACGACAAAGAGAGCGAUGUCGAGAUCUGAGGGCUCUGGUGUGGGACUCUGGACUGCGGGGGGGACCCACGUUGAUGCUUGGUGCAGUUAACUGGGCUGCACAGGUGCCAGCGAGCCCUCCCUUUGUAUUUGGUUGCAAGUGGUGGCAGCAGAAACAGCACCACUGCAGACUUCUGCUGUCUGCAAGGCAGAGAGCAGUGAAAUGUGUUCCUUACUUUCCACCACACGUCACGGUUCCAACUGUCACCGCUCGGGGAAAUGGAAACUCAAGUAGUGCUCAGAUCUGUGCUGUGUGCCGGCUGGCAGCCAUGCAGCUGCUGAGCCCGACCUGCACCGGCCCAGUCAGCUCCUGUAACUCCGUGUGGGCUUCUGCCAGAAGGUGGGAGCUGGAGCUUGUGCCUCAACCUCUGCCUCUCGUCAGCAACACACCUGCCGCAUCCCAGUCUCCCCAGCCCUCUGCUCAGGUACCCAGUCAGUUGUCCUCUGAAGCCUACGCUGAGGCUUGCUUCCCGAUCCCCUUUCUGACCAUCUGAUGCUCCACAGCUCAAGGAAAACCGUUCAAGAAGACAAGGCCAGUUCUGGGGUAGGGGUCAGGAGCGUGACUGGAGCAGGGAGCAGCUUGCUGGAGCAAGGUGGAAGAAUGUAUGCAGAGCGUAGUCUUGUUUGUUUCCCCCUGUACUCAGUUUUGCGUUCACAAAUGAGUACUGCAACACUUUGCCAAGCUGGACCUAACCCCCACAUUUUCCUCAUUCUGUGAGAGGCUAAAAUCACUGCGGAACAGCAGUUUGGUUGCCAAGGUCAGUACAUGGUGCGUCUUGCAUCUCCAACGCAGCUUCCAGCUGUUUUCCAAAUUCACGUGUGGCCCUUCUGUGUGUUUGCAAGAGAUGUGGAACCCAAGCCACUCCCUCGUGGCUGCCCAGGAGAUGUCACUCUGCUCAUGGGUGAGGGAAGCUGCCUACUGCAGGUCCUGUCGUCUUGCCUUCACACAGCAGAGGUUUCCUAAAUCCCAGACUGCUGCUGCUCCUUCUCCCGUGUUAUCACCUGGUCCUGUCGUGGUUUGGAGGGUGCUGUUUGGGGAGAGGGGACGGGUUUAGCCUCUUACUGUGCAUACUGUUGUUUGUUUACUGAUGUCUUUAAACAUUAAAUGAAGAGGCAGUAUUUUUCUUACCUGA